AUGCGGGUGCGCUCCGCUCGUAGCCGGACUUCACGAAUUCGGAGCGGGCUUCCCCGCAUUCCGCAAUCGGAUAGUUUGCCUCCGCUCGGCCACCGUCCGUCAGCCCUCAGCAUAUUUUGUCCGCCGGCCGCCGCCGUUUCGGAUUACUCACCGAUCGGAGUUCGGAGGUACGGAGAGGUAUCUGUUUCGCGGAAGCUGGCUGGUGUGGCCGGCACCAUGGAGUCGCCUUUUAGUCCGGGAUUUCCUCACCGACCAGAGGAAGACUGGGAGUCUACAUUGUUUGCUGAGCUGGGAUACUUCACAGAUACUGAUGAGGUGCAGUUCGAUGCAGCAAAUGAAACUUACGAAAAUCAUUUUGAUCAUCUUAACUUUGAUUUGGAUUUAAUGCCUUGGGAAUCCGACAUUUGGAGCUCCAGUAGCCACUUCUGCUCAGUUAAAGAUAUUAAGGUAGAACCCCAGCCUCUUUCUCCAGCUUCCUCAAGUUGUUCAGUCUCAUCUCCCCAGUCUGUAGACUCCUGCUCGUCAACUCAGCAUGUUCCAGAGGAGUUUGAUUUGUCUUCCAGCUCCCAGUCUCCCCUUUCCUUAUAUGGUGAAAGCUGUAACAGCCCCUCCUCUGUAGAGCCACUCAAAGAAGACAAGCCUGUCAUUGGUCCUGGAAACAAAGCUGAACAUGGACUGACUCCAAAGAAAAAAAAUCAAAUGAGUUCAAAACCUUCAGUUCAGCCCAAGCCUUUAUUACUUCCAGCAGCACCUAAGACUCAAACAAAUGCCAGUGUUCCAGCAAAAACCAUCAUUAUUCAGACACUCCCAGCCCUUAUGCCACUGGCAAAGCAGCAAUCGAUCAUCAGCAUACAGCCUGCACCCACUAAAGGUACCUGUGUAGACUAUGGUGCUCUGUGUUUAUUGGAAAGCACUAAGGCUUAUAAAACAAGUUAUUUUAAUUUGGGAGGACGCUUUAAGAAGUCCAUUGGGAAACACAUAGACACCAGUAACUCAUCCAGCUGUAUUGCUGUGCUAAGGAGACAGCAGCGGAUGAUAAAAAACCGUGAGUCUGCUUGUCAGUCACGCAAGAAGAAGAAGGAGUAUAUGCUAGGACUGGAGGCCAGGUUGAAGGCUGCCCUUUCAGAGAACGAGCAGCUGAAGAAGGAGAACGGGUCCCUGAAGCGACAACUGGAUGAGGUGGUGUCAGAGAACCAGAGGCUUAAAGUCCCGAGUCCAAAGCGAAGAGCUGUCUGUGUGAUGAUUGUAUUGGCAUUUAUAGUGCUGAACUAUGGCCCCAUGAGCAUGCUGGAGCAGGAUUCCAGGAGAGUGAAGCCCAGCGUGAACCCUGCAAGCCAAAGGAGGCAUCUUUUAGAAUUUUCUGCUAAAGAAGUUCAAGACCCAUCAGAUGUUAUCAACCAGAAAAACAGCUACAGAUAUGAUCAUUCUGUUUCAAAUGACAAAGCCUUAAUGGUGCUAACUGAAGAACCACUGCUUUAUAUUCCUCCACCUCCAUGUCAGCCUCUGAUUAAUACAACAGAAUCUCUCAGGUUGAACCAUGAGCUUCGAGGCUGGGUUCAUAGACAUGAAGUGGAAAGGACCAAAUCCAGACGGAUGACAAACCACCAACAGAAAACCCGUGUUCUUCAGGGUGCUCUGGAGCAGGGCUCAAAUUCUCAACUGAUGGCUGUCCAGUACACAGAAACCACUAGCAUCAGUAGGAAUUCCGGGAAUGAGCUGCAAGUGUAUUAUGCUUCACCAGGAAGUUACCAAGGCUUCUUCGAAGCCAUCCGCAGGCGCGGGGACACGUUUUACGUUGUGUCAUUUCGAAGGGAUCACCUGCUUUUACCAGCUACCACCCAUAACAAGACCACAAGACCAAAAAUGUCAAUUGUAUUACCAGCAAUAAACAUAAAUGAUAACGUGAUCAAUGGGCAGGACUAUGAAGUGAUGAUGCAGAUUGACUGUCAGGUGAUGGACACCAGGAUCCUCCACAUCAAAAGCUCCUCUGUUCCUCCUUACCUCCGAGAUCAUCAGAGGAACCAAACCAACACCUUCUUUGGUCCCCCUCCCACAGCCACAGAGACGACCCAUGUGGUCAGCACCAUUCCUGAGUCGUUACAGUAGUACCCCAGCUGCACUGGGAAGAAAGCAGAGGAUGAAGAGCCGGUGAGGAGUGCUGCUCUCUGCCCCAUGGCAAGGGGAGAACUGCCUUGUGCUGCGACUCAGGGAAAGAGAACAAGAACAAGAAGCUGCUCUGAUUUUCACCGUCUGCCCACUGUGUGGACCAUGCUAGCAAGAGAGCAGUGCUCUCGGCAGUGCAGCCGUGUCGCCUGGUGUUGGUAUUCUGUUGAGUUUUCCGCACUGCUUUUCCUACCGGAUAUGUUUGUUCUUAGUCUUCCUUCAGAUGCCACCCACCUCCUCUUUUGUCCACUGCACUUCCUUGCACAGUAAAGCGAUUUUCAUUUAAAGCUUUAGAACACAUGCUCAUGUGGUUUCCACCAAUUGGCUUUCUCUCUCCUUCAACUCAAAUUCAUUCUGAAUAUUACACUUGAAAAAACACAUUUCAAAAAGCUAAACAGCCAAAAACAUCCCACAAAGAGUCAAAACAGUUUGGAAUUUUGGGUAAAAGGAUUGUCCCCGGUUGGUAAAGUUUAUUUUUACUUGUGAUUUGUGGUUCAGCCCUGAACAAAUAACUGUCGUGGGGUCUGAGAGUGAGCCGCACACUGGAAGAAGGCGAGAGAAGGCCAGUUGUGGAGUACAGGAGAGGCGGUGAUCCGUGUACACUUGUGUUUAAACACUGGGAGCUGAGAUGGGCAGUGUAAGUUUAGAGCCACAGCUCCCUUUUUCUCUUGGAGUGCUGCCAUCAGCACAGAUCCUAAGGACCUCAGGGCAAAUGCUUCCCUUUCAUUGUGAAUCCUCAGCCUAGGACACACUCCUGUGAAACCAAACUCGGCAACGGACCUUGGAGGUGACUUCAGAUUUAAGCAAGACUAGAGAGUUUUCCCUUAAAAACUGACUAUGCACACAGCAAGCAUGGAUUCCCACUGAGAGGCUGUGACAUAUUGUGGCAAAAUUUGCAAAGAAGGAAGGAAAGAAGAAAAAAAAAAAGCUAUAGUUGGGCAUAUGCCUUUAAUGUUAGCACCACUUAGGAGGCAGGGCAGCCUCUGAGUUUAAGGUUGGCCUGGUCUACUUAUUGAGUUCCAGGACAGCCAAAGCUAAAUAGAGAGACCAUCUCAAAACAAUAAAAUAAAAUGAAAAUCAAAAGUUAUGUUCACAUACAUGUCAUUGUAUUUUGCCUGUUCCCUUACCAUAGCAAGCAGCUUUCAUAUUGUGCUGUACACUGUACCCUGGUAAAUCCACAGAAAUGGAUGCCGGGACUCCCACUCUUCCUGUGCACUGCCGUCCUUCUGAAGUGAGAACUCCUUCAGAGCUUUUGAUAGAAUUUUCACGGUUGGCUUGCAAGCCUUUGUCAGGUGUUUCCUUUCCAGUCCACACAACCCUCAAAGGUUGUAUGCAAUCUGCUUGUUUUCUGCCUGUGACCCCAUGGUGCCUAGCCCCUCACCAACAACCAUUUUCUGGACAUUGUUGCUGUCCUCCAAGCUAGUGAGAUGAUCUUGGGGCAGGGCCACUCUUGCUGUUUUACCUGGGAAUCUGGGGUUCCAGGAGUACAGCUGCCUCCUUCUUCUACAGGGCAAACUGUUGGAAUUCAGUGCCACAGUUCAUCCUGAUGGGCUCCUUGGUGAACUGCAGAUGUUUUCCCUGGGAACUGGUCUUCUAAUGGGUACCAAGGAAUAGAUAGCAAAUACAUGGAAUACUUUCAGGGGUAGCCAUUUGUGAGGGAGGUAGGAUACCCUGUGGCCUUGUUCCUCCCAGCCUGUGAAGGAACCCAAAGAGAGGGUGUGGUCAUGGCUGUAGGCAGUGGCAGCAUCAUUAUUCCCCCUACUGACCUGCUGGAAGACACCAAUAAUAUCUGACGUGAUUCCAGUGGUACCUCUCCGUCCCGCUGUAGCACACAAGAAGAAGCCAUCUGGGGGCCUCUUGCCUUUUGCAUCUCUGCUCUGUUGUCUUCAUUCUACCAGUUCCUCAGACCAAAGGCCUCUGUAGUGUCACACUUACUAAAGCUGAUGCCUCUCCGACAAGUGACAUUGGGGAUGAUGGUUGGGACGAAGAACAGCCAAAGAGCAGGCAGACAUACAGCACAGGAGCUGGGAAGGGCUGUCCAAAAGUACUCUGGAGCCUUGGAGCCUUGCCAUCUCUGCCCUCACUAGCCCUCCAGUCUUGUCCUUCCCAUCUCUAAGUCCAUCCUGAGGGAUGAGAAAUGCGGUCCUCCUCAGGGUAGUUUCAGGAAACAAGGGAAAGGCACUUGGCAGAUGCGCAGACACAUCCUGCUGUUUAAUUUGCUGAAAGAGCUACCAUCUGUGCAUGCAGCAGUUUUUAUCUUAAUGUUUGCAUGCUAGCUCGGGCCCAUUGGAAAGGAAAGCUGCUGUACUGGAACCAACUGAGCAGACAUUCAGGUUUUAUUUUUUAUUUUGAUGAGAUUGCCUUUGGGGGGCUAUAGCCUGGAAAUAUAGGAGCUAUAUGUGUACAUAAUAUAUAUAUAUAUAUUUAACUUAUUAAGUUUUGAAAUGUGAUUUUGCAAGAUUAUGAAAAAUUAAAUAAAUUUGAGCUAGAGAGCUGGCUCAGCGGUUAACAGCACUUACUGCUCUUCCAGAAGACCCAGGUUCAGUUCACAGGUCACAGCCAUCUGUAACUCCAGUUCCAGGGGGAUCCGAUGCUUUUUCCUGACUUCUGCAGGCACCAGUCACACACAUGGCACACACACACAUGUACAGGCAAAACACUGAUACACAUAAAAAUAAGUAAAUCUGCUUCUUAAAUUAAUUCCAUUCCCAGGAAGUCAUCCACCUGUUACUAGAUGGUUCUGUGCCCUGGACUGUUGGUACUGAGAUGCUGGGAAGUGAGGACAGAGGCUGGCAGGGGGUCCUUCAUGUGUUUCCAAGUCCCCAGUUUUGAAAUUCAGUGGAAGUAAGUGGAUGUUUCCUCCUGUUAACUGCUGAGUCAGAACUGCUUCUCUCUGGGGUUAGCUCAGAGAACAGCUCCCUUAGAAUGGAACGUAAGCCUGCUUUCAGUUAAGAGACGACGAGAAAGGAGCUUGGGGACAGAUGUUGUUCUUGCCACGUGUGGAGUACAGCAGCUUCGCCUUAGACCACUGGCCAGAGUCCCAUGGUUAUAGGUUCAGGGCAGCCUUCUAAUUUCUUUCUUAUGAAGUUGCAGCACAAAGUUGGCUUCUUUUCACCUUUCUUGUUAACAAGAAGUAGACACUGGACUGGCGUGAUGGCUCAGUUGUUGAGAGUCCUUGCUGCUUUUCCAGAGGACCCAAGUUCCAUUCCCAACACUCACGGCACAGCUCCUGCUCACAACUGCCUGUAAUUCCAGCUCCAGAGGAUCCAAUGCCCUCUUCUGGCCUCCAUAGGCAUCUGCACACACAUGGUACUCACUCACACAAACACAUGCACAUAAAUAAAAAACGGUAAUAAUAAAGAAGCAGACAAGGACGUACUUGGAAGUGACAGCAUCAUGCGAUUCUUUCCUAAAAUUUCCCAAAAAGCUGUUACUUAAAAGCAGAGAAGGAACUGGGAUUCAAACUGACUUUUCUCUCAUCUUUAGAGAGACACUGUCCUGUCAGUCUUGCUGGCCCGAAUCUCUGUCCUGGACAAAUAUUCCCCAAUAGUCACCUUAGCGGUACGCUCUUGGAUAUGGCUGCCACGACUAGAACAUUUAACAAGGGAGAACCCCCACAGUUUCACAAAUGUAAGACUGUAUUUCAGUCUUGUCAUUGUACUCUGAAAUGUGACAGAAAUGUCCUACACGGACGACCCGGGGGACUGUGUGACCUCCUUCCCCACCGAAAGCUUCCAGUCCAGCUUCUGCUUCAGUGGGCUCUGAGGCGCAGUCUCUUGAACUCCUUUGGCCUAGAGAGCCAGGGUCUGAUCCCAAGCCCUCCCCUUUCGUCUGAACUCAUGGAGGUGCCCACCUGUGGAGGCAUUCUUCCCACCUCAGCCGGAGGGGCUAACUGCUUCCUUCAGCAGGUACACAGAUAGACCUGCGUGUUUAAGUGAGACACUCAUACGGUAGCUCCAUCACAGGAAUCCACCCCCAAGCACGCCGCAUCUCUCCACAAUUGAUAGACAUUUCUGCCAUCUACAGACCCCAUUUUCUGUACCCACAUGUUCUUUUCAUCAGUUGUAGGCCAUUUGAACUUAUGUAAGUAAUAUUUUUUUCCUGCUAAUAUGAAUAUACUGUGUCAUAAUUUUAACAGAAAAAAACAUAGAGCACAGAAGAAACAUAAUGGAAUGAAGACAUUGUUAUUUCCACCCUCCUAGCACUUGGAGGAGAUGUUCCUCCCCAGCCCCCGCUACAGGAAUCACGGGUGAUUUUUAAAUAAUUUCUGGACUACCUAUGUGAUAUCACCAGAGUCCAAAAGGAACUAUGCACAUAGAAGAAAUACCAUUUUCUCCUGCCUAAGAAAAUUCUAUUAGUAUUCUAUUAGCUUAUAUUUUUAAUAACUAAGCUUAAAACAUAGUUUAUUUUGGAUAUUACUAGAACCUCCAGCAAUAUCUGUCAGGUACGCAUAGAUCUAUGAAAAAAGGAAUGAGAAGCCUGUGUGGUUAGGACAUUUACUGAGUUAUGUCCUGGCUAGCCAGUGUCACAGAAUGACCCUGUGUUCCACUAACCUUAAGCAUUGCAGAUUUAGUGCAUGAAAAGACUUAACUUAUAUUGGGUUUAAGAACUAAAGAAUAAAUAAGUUACUUGUCAAGGUCAACAAAUACCACACUGAUGUGUUUUCUGUCCUCAGUUAACUGACUGUAGUUAAGUAAACCAGGAAGCAUGGCAUUUUCCCCAGUAUGCUCAUCCCAGACUGAACUAGUAGAUUGACUUCAUGGCAAGUGUGUAUCGAUUGACCUGUAGUAAUUAUCACUCUGGUUUCUGAGUAGUUGCCAGGAUUCAGGAGAUGUCGAAAGCUACGAAACACUACUAGUCUUUGAGAUUCUAGAUUUUCCCCCCUCCUCAUGGUAAUAAGGCUCAGCUAAAGCCAGUAGAACUGUAUCGAUGGUCAUUUAGGGAUGUUGGGAGGUGGAUAGGUAGCUCAGAUGAAAGAGUGCUUGCUUAGAACGCCUGAAGCUAUGACUUCCUUCGCUGGUACCAGGCAUGGUGGAGUAUGCUUAGAGUCCUAGCCCUUGGGAGGUGGAGGUGGGAAGAUCAGGAGUUUAGGUCAGCCUGGGCUACGUGAGAGCCUGUCUCACCAUGUGUCUAAGGAAUGGGGGAAGAUAUAUUGUUCUCUUCUUUAAUAAUUAUGUCCGUUUACAAUAAACAAUGGCAGCAGACUAUUUCGUACUCUCCAAUAAGUCUUUAUAAUGCAAUACCUGUUCUUUCUCUAAGAUCCAAAUAAAGAGUUUUAAAACUU